GCGGCUCGGCUCGGCUCGGCUCGGCUCGCUGCGGGUUGCUCCGAUGCCGUUUUCGUUUCAUUCAGGCUUUGUUUUCUGGAGUUUAUCCACUUUUCCGCCACACAUGAUCUGCAGAAGGCGACGAUGAGCUGGCACAGCUAGCCGGUGCACCUGGAGGUGACCGCGUCACGCUCUUCUACCCGCUGAGCUGACGGCCGUGUAGCGGCGUUUUCUAAAAAUGUCACUUUAUCACAGCAGAAAGUUCGCCCAGCUGUGUAAACUCGCCUCGGCUAAAGCUGCCGCCGAUCUACGGUCCAGUAAUAGAAAUGCUGGACCGCUUGCCGUGGUCUGUAAACAUGUUCGCUUUAAGUCUUCAGGUGAGAGGGCACUGCAGGAAAGGCAGAAGGCACAUAUGGCACGAGGCUUACCCAAACAAAAACCCAUAGCAGGUGUUAAAGAGGUCAUCGUUGUUGCUUCAGGAAAAGGAGGUGUGGGAAAGUCUACAACAGCAGUGAAUCUUGCUCUUGGACUUAUGGCGAAUGAUCAGAGUAAACGAGUGGGUCUUUUAGAUGCUGAUGUUUAUGGACCCUCAGUUCCAAAGCUGAUGAACCUAAAAGGAAAUCCAGAAUUAACAGACAACAACUUAAUGAGACCUCUUAUGAACUUUGGGAUGCCUUGUAUGUCAAUGGGCUUUCUGGUUGAAGAUACUGCACCCAUUGUGUGGAGAGGUCUGAUGGUGAUGUCAGCCAUCGAGAAGCUUCUUAGACAGGUAGACUGGGGGCUUUUGGAUUACUUGGUAGUAGACAUGCCACCUGGAACCGGGGAUGUGCAACUCUCCAUCACACAGAACAUCCCAAUAGCAGGAGCUGUGAUAGUGUCCACUCCCCAGGAUAUUGCUUUAUUAGAUGCACGCAGAGGUGCCGAAAUGUUCCGCAAAGUUAAUGUACCGGUGCUGGGCUUGGUUCAAAACAUGAGUGUUUUCCAGUGUCCCCAGUGUAACCACCAGACACACAUCUUUGGGUCAGAUGGGGCUAGAGAAUUGGCUCGUACUCUUGAAGUAGAGCUUCUUGGGGACAUUCCACUUCAUCUCAACAUUAGAGAGACAUCAGACAAGGGUCAGCCUGUGGUUGUGUCCUCUCCUGACAGUCCUGAGGCUGAAGCAUAUAGAAGAAUAGCCUCAGCAGUGGUGUGUCGUCUCACAGAGGAGUCCAGAUGAAUGACCUCCCUCAACAGUGGUAAAAAUCAUGAUGGACUUAAGAAACCAGUUAGAGCAAUCAGUGCUCCCCUGUCCUGAAAUUUUAGAGGGUACUAUUGCAUGUACUUACUUAAAAAUAUUGUUUUUUUAUGGUUUUUAUUUAACUUUGUGUGGUGUUUAAGUUUAAGAAAUCCCAUAGGAUGUUUACUAUAGGCAUAUUUAAGUUUUUUAAAAGUACAUGUCUUAUACUGGGUAGUCAUUGAAACUGUUUGUUCUUCAGUAUGUCAUAAACGUGGAUGAUUAGUAUUCUAGUGUGAAAUCCAGGGGAAAUCCAGUUUGCUGAAGCUUGAGCCCAUUCCAGUGCAGUUGCCUGCCAGUCCAGUUUACAGUUGGCCUCGACACGCCGGAGGAAAAGUGUAAGAUUUCAGAGAAGAUCCUGUGAGCCAAACUGAAUGGACCACAAAGCAGAUGGAAUCUUAAAUAUUUCCAGCAAACUCCUAGUCAAUCAGGCUUGUUGUCUGAAGUGAUGAAGGAGCUAAACAGUAUUUAUGUUGAAGAUUUAUGAUUUACUAGAGAUCAUUUUGAAUUCUCACUGACAGUAAAUAUGUGAUUUGAGUAUUACCUUAAGUAUACUCUUAUCAUUGGUUUAACAGUAUUAACAAUAUUUCAACUCUGAGUUCUCAUAUAUCACAUUUCCCCAGUUUGUAUAAUAGCUGGAGUUUUUUUUAAUCAUUGUUCAGCUUCUCAUAAUCAUCAGUGUACUUUACUAUUAAUACAUAAUCAAGAUUUUGUAUUUGAUCUUUAGAAACAAAGCACAAUUAAACUUGCUACGCAACCAGAUUCA